AUGCAGGCGAUCGAGACGCCGUGUCUGUUGUCCGCGUUGGGGCGCGGGAGAGUGCUGCUAGGCGAGCCGUGCGGCGCCUCCGUCGCUUUCCGGCCUCGCGUGCGCCCGUCUCUCUGUCUACUUCGUCGCCAGAGAAACCUGACACCAUAUCGCGAGACGUGUUCUCCGUCUCCGCGUUCCGCUGUCUCUGAUUCCAUCCCUCCUCAGCCUGCUUCGGAGUCUGGCUCGUCGUUCUCAUCGUCUUCACCCGCUCGCGCUCCCCCCGCCUCGCGGCCGGGCGGCACGGCUGCCCGUCCCAGCUUCUCUUUUUUUCCGUCGUCGGCGCAUCCUUUCUUCUCCAUCUCUAGACAGAGCCAACAGCUUCUGUCGCGCACCGCUUCGCUGUCUGCUGUCGCCUUCUCUUCAAUGCCGCGGAGGUCUUCCCUCCUUCUCUCUUUGUCUCCUCAGGCUGCCUCCUCUGAGUCUGCACUGUGCCCCGCCGCCCUCGGGCAGCAGAGACGCUCGCUCGUCGAAGUGAAGUUUGCCCAGCAGAGAGCAAAAGACACCUCGCACGUCCCGUUCAAAGUUGUGCGGACUCCCUCGGGCAACUUGCCGGUCUACUCGCGCGUCAAGAAACACGGCACCGAAGUAACAACGAUCGUGCGCCACGCCUUCGGAGACAUCACGGCGAUGAAGAAAGACUUAAUGGCUAUCUGCGAAGCGCCGGUCCGCGAACGACUGGGAACUCUCGAGGUCAAGGGCCUCCACGUCCUGAAAAUCAAGCAGUGGCUCCGCUCUCUCGGCUUCUAA